AUCAUUUAUAUAAAUAGAUGAAUAUUUCCAGAGGUAUAGUAAAACGAGAGAAAAUUCAUAUAGGAACUAGCCCCAGCAAAAUUGCAUGCCAACUGAAAUGAAUGCAAUGAAUCGCCUUCUCGGCUGCAUGAGCAGCACAUUCACAGUUGUCAUGAUCCUCUUCAUAACGCCAUCUUCAGCUGUGACACUUAGGCAUACAGAGAGGGCGAGUGGGCCGGCGAGGGAAGAUGUGUUCAUGUCAACAAUGCAACUACACACCAACGAGACGCGGUCCAGUCUAGCGUACCACAUCCAAAACGCCAUGGGUCUAAUGAAGGACACAAUGAGAGCGCCUUGGGUGCCAGGCGCAACAAAUCUGCUGUUCCCAGGCGCGACGCCUGCGUGCCUGUCUUGCCAGGUGCUGGCCAAGGCGCUGUUCCAGUUCCUGCGCAGCACCACAGACACCGCACUCUUCUACAAGAGCCUCAUUGCGAUCUGCCAGAAGCUGCUCUUCAGACAGCCUGGCGUCUGUUCAGGGCUCAUAAACAGUGAAAAAGACGUGAUGGAGUAUGUAAUACGUCGGGGUCGCGCCAGUCACGUACAGUUGUGUGGACUGAUCUUCAGCUCCAGCGCAGCACCCAGUCUGUCAUGCGGCCUGCAAUUCCAUGACGAAGAAUGGAGCGUCGAUAUUCCAGUCCCUUUUCUGAGCAGCCGUGAAAAAUGGCUAGAAAAUGAGAUCCAUAAUACGAUAGAAGAUUCUUCAGCGUUAGAGCAGUGGAGGGGAAAAUCCGCAGACUUCAUCAAUGGAGGACGACCAUACCUGAAAUUUUUGCACCUCGCAGACCUGCACUACGACCCCGAGUACAAGGAAGGAUCCAGCACGAAGUGCGGCGCGAUAAUAUGUUGCCAGGCUGGAAGCGGAGCCCCAAGGGAAGGGGAGGCUGGAGCGGGCAGAUGGGGUGACUAUGGACCAUGCGAUUCCCCCGAGAUUCUGGUGCGCAACAUGCUGGAGGACAUCCGUCGCCGACACAGCGACAUCGACUACAUCAUCUACACCGGAGACAGCGUGGCGCACGACCUCUGGAAACUGAGUCGUGAGAAGAACACUAAAGUGAUCAACAAAGUAGGAGAGCUUCUUAAAGAAUAUUUCCCGUACACCCCCAUCGUCGGGGCGCUGGGCAAUCACGAGUCUUUUCCGCGAGACAGUUUUCCUCCACCCGAGGACGCCACAGUCAACCGGAAAUUCAGCAACUUGUGGCUGUACAACUUGAUGGCCGACCAGUGGCAGAGCUUCCUGCCCAACGUUAACAUCUCCACAGAAGCCAGGAUAUCAGGAUCGUAUUCUGUCCUAAUCCAGCCGGGAUUCAGGAUCAUCUCUCUCAACACAAAUUUCUGUUUUAAAUUCAACUGGUGGGUUUUAUACAAAAGCAACGAUCCCGGCAACGUGCUCCGCUGGCUGGUACGUGAACUGCAGAAGGCGGAGGACAAGGGGGAGUAUGUUCACAUCAUCGCACACAUCGCCCCGCUCUACGCCGACUGCUACGAGCAGUGGGGGCAUCAGUUCUCUAGGAUCGUAUCAAGGUACUCCAGGACAAUCAGAGGCCAGUUCUACGGCCACAGUCACAUGACUGAGGUGCUGCUCAACUAUGACGUUAAUGACCCCAAGCGUCCCGUAGGAGUCCAAUACCUCACCCCCAGCAACACGCCCUAUCGCCGCCUCAACCCUUCAUACACUCUCUUCUAUGUCGAUGGCAACCAUGCUGACUCGACACGAGCGGUGCUUGACUCGAACACUUACUUCCUGAACCUGACGGCGGCGAACGCCCACGACGACGUGACGUGGCAUCUGCUGUACAGCGCCCGCAGGGACCUCAGCCUGCGGACGCUCGAGGCGCCGGACUGGCACGACCUCGUCCGCAGGAUGGACAAAGAUCCUGAACUUACACGGAAAUUCCAUGCAUAUGCUGUGAAGAUGAGCGACGUUCUGAAGGACGAUUGCGACAGGAGCUGCCGGCGACUUCUAGUGUGCAAUAUGGUGGAGAGCGACAGAUUUCUGCCUAGAAAAUGCAAAAACUGAUGUCGAAGAGCACAACAUGAAUGGUUGCAAGUCAAUAUUCCUAUCCUAUAAAAAUUUCUAAAUCUGAUUCACGAAGAGAAAAAAAAAAGCAAUUGCAAUUAAUCCUAUUCUAAAACUAUAAUUCUGAGAAAAGGCAUAUUCAAAAUGUUAUCUGUAAUUCUAAGAAUAUUUAAUUAAUUCUCUAGCUAAAAUUUAGAACAGGUUGGUGACAAAAGUCAGGUCAAAUCCGUCAGAAUCGCCAAGAGAAAGUAAUCAGCAAGCCUAUGAAGCUUAAUACUUCAGUGCAGUCGCAGAGCUCGACUCAAUCAGCCGGUCAGAGCCUGAACAAGGCAGGGGCUGCAACUUUAGACUCGUCUGCAAACCAGACAUUCUUGCUCCGUUGAUGCUCAACGCCGGCUAGGGUUUGCACAUACCUUCCCUUCGCUCAGCUGUCAAAUAUUAGGUACACGGCGUGACAGCUCAUGCGUUCGACGGUUGGGUGUGAGACUCAAAAGCUAGUGGAAUAACAACGGGAAAAGUAGAGUCAACGAUCAAUUUACGUCUGUGAUCAAUGCAACGUUUACUUGCUGCAACUAAUUUAGAAUCUACAUUCAUGAUACUAUUUUAUUUUUAGAAGACGUUUGUGGCGAAGAGCUAGAGUAAGUCAACUUUACGAGGGCAUUAUAAGUUUAAACUGCCAUGCUGUUGAAUGUAUCAUUCUACAACUGUAUUGUCUGUGCCUAAUAGAUUCAGAUUUGUUUGUCGUUAUGAUAUUAUGGUUCUACUAUUAACUUAUUCAAAUUGCUGCUGUGAAAUAUUGUUAAUAAGAUUGUAAAAAAUAAAUG